UUGAUAACUUUUUAUAAUAAUGCUUCUGUCCCGAAGAAGUGAAAAAAUAAAAAAAGGAUACAUUUGGGAUUGGUUAGAAGAUGAAAGUUUGCAGAAAAAACAGUGUUUUACUUACCCUCAAAUAAACCCAACUUUAGCAUUGCUAGAAACAGUUUCGAGUUUAGAUCGCAAAGUCCCAUAUUUACAUGGACCUCCUGACUCAGUUGUUGUUCUAUUUACUACAAAGGUGGGAACAAAGAGGUUUCAAGUGCCUUCCAAAGCAGAGUUUGAUCUCCGAGAUCCAUCUCGACCUCCUCUACAGUAUAACUUUCUUCACGAUAAUCAUCUUACGAAGUAUUUGAUGAACCCUUGUGUUAAAAAAAGGCUGUUAAAAAAAGGAUUGUUAACAAAAGAAGGAGAUGUUAAAUGUACAAUUAAAGAAUUUAAUGAGUACAGGCAAUGGAUUCGAAAAUUAAAACUGGAUGUAAUCGAAAAAGAAUGGCGAAUGUCUCAUGCACAAACAAUGGAUCGUACGCAUUCAAAAAAUGAGGAAGCAGAGCUUAUCAAGAACAAUAAAGACCACAUAAUGAAGUUGUACAGAAUUCAGCUAAAAAAAGAAAUAUUGAAAAAAGAAAAACCAAUGUCUCAGAAAGACGAGAGAGAAACACGCACGGAUCUUAAGAAAAAAGAAAAAGAAGUUUUAUUAAAAAAACAACAACUUAAAAGAAACGAAGAAAACGAAAAAAGGCGCCAGAAACGCGAAGAGCUAGAAGAUGAGGUUGUUGACUUAUUUAAAAGACGUCAAAUGUACUUCAGUGAAAAAAUGAGAGAUGAAAAAUUAGCCAACAUUGAUGAAACGAGGAAAAGGAAAAAAAGUCUUGAAAGACGAGAAAAAGUCUAUAAAAAGCAGCACAAACAAAUUGAAGAUGUUCACAAACAGUAUUUAAACAAAAACAGAGAAAAAGCUUUAAAACAUCUUCAUGAGGCUACUCUUUAUUUUUUAAAAAUGCAAAGAAGAAAAGAAUGCCAAAUUCACAAAUGGAGAGAGCAUUUGAAAAGUGUUGAAAAGAGGGAGCAUAUUCUAACAUACUGGAGAAAGUUGAGGUCCAGACUUCAAAAGAGUUCAAAGAGACAAUCGCGCUGGAGAAGUGCUUGGGAUAUUAACCAAACUAUUUUAAACCAAAGCUCCGAAUUUUUAGAGGAUUUCAAAAUGGAAGACGAGAAACCUUAUUUGGAACAAGAUGGAUCAUUCCAAGAAGAUGAGCGCGAAGAAGUGUCUUCAAAAGAGGAAUUUGUAUAUGAAAAAACGUACAAUAUAGAAACUAAAGACCAAUCUACUGAAACAGUUUUCGAAAAUAUAGCUUCUUCAACACCUGUAAACUCUGUUCAAAAUAACAGAUUUAUAGUAUCGAAUGUUCGGUUUUCACGUGUGGAAAUGGAGCGAAUUCGCGUUGUUGCCAUCGAUAUUAUUAACGCUAAACUAUUAUCAGCUGUAAAUAAUUGUCUCAGUGAGAAAAAUGUAUCUUCAAUUGAAAGUCUUUUAAAUAGUGAAGUAACACCGGAACUCAGCAUUGACAUUCUCUGCUACGCAAAAAAUUUGGCAGCUGCAUCACUUAUUAAAGCAGGGGAACAUUUAGGCUUUAACAAAAAUUUAAUAAUAUCAAUAUUCGGGAUUACCCCAAUUGAAGAAUCUAUAUUAAAACUAGAAAAGAAGAUAUCAUCGUUGUCAACAAAACAAAUGAGCAGUCAGCAUUUGCUAACAAAUUCUAGUUUAGAGGUUAAACCUUCUUUUAGUCUAGAAGUGGAAAGAUUUGCAAAACACAUUUCAACACUUACAUUAAUAAGAGCUGGCGCUUCUUUAGGUUUUAAUAGUUUAGAAAUUGUGGAUGCUUUUGGUAUAGAAUUUAAAGUCGAAGAUUUUUUACCUGAGAUAGAAAAGAUAAAUCAGCAGUUUGUCAAAGAUUUAGUGAAGCAAGCUAUGAUGCAAGCUGCUUUAAGUUUAGGCUACACUCAAGUUGAAGCGGAACUUGCGGUAAAUUCUGUGCAUUCUAUAAACAACAGCCUGCUUGUUAAGACAACGGAUUUUAAUGAAGAGCCGACAGAAAAUGCUGAAAUCACAAGUUAUGCAAAGAACAUGGCGGCAGUUUCCCUGAUUAAAGCAGGAAUAUCUUUAGGUUAUGAUGAUCUAGAAAUUGUUUCGGCUUUUGGUAUUGAAGUCAACGGUGACCUUUUAAAAAGUAUAGAACAUCAAAAAAAGGAUUUAGUUUCAAAUAUAGUAAACAAAGCUCUGAUGCAAGCAGCCUUAAAUCUUGGAUAUAGUUAUAGCGAGGCAGAAGUUUCGCUCAAUUAUCUAAACAAAUACGAUCAAGAAGAUUCCUAUUCAAGAAAAUUAUUUUCGGACACAGAUGAAGUCUUUGACGCAGACGAGAUAACAAAAUGUAUAUCAAGUACUAAAAGUUUGGACCAAGUUUCGAACAAUAAUAACAUUGAACCAACCACAAGCAAACGUUAUGAUACGGAAGCUAAAUCAAAACCAAGACUUGAAAUAGCAAAACAUAUUGCAGCAAUAUCACUUAUUAGAGCUGGCAUAUCCUUAGGUUAUGAUCACCUUGAACUCGUUUCUGCUUUUGGCAUUGAACUAAGCGAAGAUCUAAUUUCAAAAAUAGAUGAAAGAUACGACGAAUUUAUAAGCAGUAUGGUUAAACAAUCCAUUAUACGUGCUGCAAUAAGCUUGGGUUAUAAUCCUUUAGAAGAUAAUAUAAAUUUAAAAUUAAACACUCCAAAGUCCACAUCUCCAUUCAAAAAAAAACACGAGGAUACCAAUGAUUCUUCUAUUAUAAGCAAAACAUUAACUGCAGGAAAUACAUUAACUAAAAAUCAAUAUGUAGAAAAUUCGUGCGAACAAUUUUUCAAUUCAUGUUUAGACGAUCAAAUAGAAAAGAAGAUACAACCAUCAGUUAGUUUUCAAAUUGAAGAAUGUGCCAAUAAAAUUGCUUCAUUAUCGCUAAUUAGAGCAAGUGUAUCGUUAGGAUACAGUGGAACUGAAAUUGCCUUAGCACUCAAUAUGAGUACAAGCGAAACAAGCCUUGUUUUUAGUAUAGAAAAAAAAUACAACCAACUUGUGAGCAAAAUGGUUAAGGAAGCAUUAAAAGAAGCGGCCUUAAGUUUAGGCUACACUCAAGAGGAGGCAGAGUUUGUGAUUUUUAAUUCACCAAGCUCUUCUGACAACUUGAAGACAAAAAAAUUGAAAACUUUAAAAGUUAUAUCUUGCGAAAGCAUGAAUUCUUCUGGAGAAAUACUUCCAUGUUUAAGUAACAUACAUUUAUCUCGGGUUAUGAAUAAAAACUAUAACGAUAAGUCUCCUAAAAAGUCAAGUAUGCUGCCAGGUAUCGAGUCAUUUAGUAAUACAUUUUUAACGGGAACCUCAACCUGCAUAAAACCUCGAAGAGUGAGCUCUGAGUUUCCAUCAAUUUCUACUACAUCACCAGUAUUACCAAGUCUAACUACAUCAUUAUCAAACGUUGAUAAAGCUUCUAAUGAUAAAAACGUUUCUGAUAUUACACACCUAAUUUGUUCACCAAGUUCACAACUAAAUAUUACUAAAAGUCACCGACAUUUAGUAGAAAGCUCUGACAGUCUAUUUAUGACAGAAGAGCCUGAAGUUGUUUUAAAAAACCCGGCAGACUUUGAAGAGAAUAAAUCAUUAUUUGAAGUAAAGACACGCCCACUUUACUUAAAAAAAAAAGACUUAAGAAAAACCGUUAGUCACCAUUUAACGACCAAUGAAAGACCUAAAUUUUUUAGAUAUUACUCUACCGGUCGCCUACAAUCAGAAGCUGGUGGUAAUGAUGAUGUCAAUAAACAACUCGUAACUGCUAACAAACUCCACGCAAAUGUUCAUGAAAAAACCAAUAAAAACUCACAAAGCAGCUCUAUAAAAUUAGAAUCUAAAAGUACUUUUAUUCAAAACCCAACUUUGUUACCAACAAUAACUUCUCAAAACAGUAAUAAAAGCAGAUAUAACAAACAAAGUCCUUAUAAAUCUCACACAACAAACAACUUAGCUCACAAAGCUCAAUCAAGCAGUAAACUAAAAAGUGAAUUUUUAGACCAAUCGUGUUUUGAAUUGAACCCUUCAAAACCAGUGUCAGUAUCUCUUAAUACAGGGUUAAGACAGGUCAGAAGAAUUGAAAAAGGUUGCAAUAUAAGUUUAAAAAACCUGAUUUUAUCAAACAAAAAACAUGUUGAUUCAGGUGUUGAACAUUCAAAAUCAGAAAGCGAGUCUAAGUGCAGUGUAGAAAAACCUGCAGCACCCUCAUUGAAUAACUUUGUCGGCGAAAAAACAGAAGAAAUUAAAGUUAUUGGAAACAAACAGUCUUGGCAGCCUAAUCAAGUAGUUGACGAAGGACACAUUAUAAAGCAAAGCGAAAAUAAAAGUAACCAUGAAAUGAGGUUGAAUGCUUUAAACAAUAAGCAAGCGGAAACUAUAAACGAUCAAGCUAUAGACCAAAAAAACAAUCAGACUACUCCAGUAAAAACCUUUUCAUUGCAUAGUAACUUUAAAAGGUCUUUGGCGGUUAUACAUAACCGCAUAAACGAUAAGCCAGAUACACUAAUCUCAAUGCAAAAUGCAGCAGCGAACACAAAAGAUUUAACUUCAAAUAAGACCGUUUCUUCUGAACCUACGUUGACACCCUCUCCACCUUUAGUCUCUAAACCACACUAUCUUUACUAUUCACAAUCUGUUAAAACAAUGACAAACAAUAACAGCCUUAAAGAAUUAAUAAAAUGCAAAAGCCUCGAUUCAGGAAAUAACUUUAUAAACGCAAGAUUGAGACCUUUUCAAUCACACGAUAAAGAAUCCAUUAUGUUAAAUAAAAUUCUAGCACCUUACACAAAACCUGUUCAAACGGAACCAAUUGAUUGCAAUUCAAUAACAGAUAUAAAAUAUAUUUCAGCACAUCCCGUCGAACCAUUAAACUCGUCAACAACAAAGGUAGAUGGCAAUGUUUCGUCUACAAAUCAAACAGUUAAAACACCAAGUAUAGCCAUUGAGAAACUUUCGUCACACGAAGCCAAAAUAAAGUCUACCAAAUCGAAUCCAGACCGAAUUCCAUAUGACAACCCAGUCUAA